UAGAUCAUAUGCAAAACGAUUCACUUGAUUGGGGUUCGUUACUUGUAUAUAGUUGUAAAGACAAUUGUCAUGUAAGUGAUAAGAAUUAUGUUGAAGAAAUUUUGUGGCGACAGGAUUUUAGUAAUGAAGGUUUAAAUUGGAGUGGAUUCAGAUCAAUAUAA